AUGGCGGGAAAUGGUAUUCUAGGGUUUAUAGAAUGGGCGAGGAGGGAGCUCGAGGAGUACCGGCGGCGGCACGACGAUGGCGCGGCGGCGCCCGGAUGGGCGUGGAUGAUGGCGUGCGUCUUGUCGUGCUGCCAAGCUCAUCCCCGCGGGGUCACGGAAGGGAUCCUUCUCGCGGAGCUCUUCCAGACCUGGGGCGAGAGGGAGCGCGGCAGAGGCAGAGGGAGGCUCGCGGAGAAUCACCCGGUGAUGCAAAUGAAGAGGAGGAGGGGGGCUCGGUAUCAGCAUUUGGCCAAUGCUGUGACUGUCGACUCGAUUCUGGAGAAGAAGUUUGUUUCUCUGGAUGCCGUGAUGGAGGUCGUUGUUCUGGACAUCCACGUCUUGCCUGGGAGCAAUGGCUAUCUUCUUACGCUUGGAGAUCUUUCCAGCGGGAACACAGUCGACCACUAUCUGCACCGAAAAUUUUUUGACAUGGUACAAGAUGAGGAGGGAACUAUUAAGAGAGGUCGAGAUCUACGCAUGACAGGUUGUAGGCUGAGAGUUGGAGCUGGAUCGUGUGCUCCGCGUCUUUUACCCACAGAGCACCUAGUAGUCCUACUUGACGAGGACCAAGAACACGAUGCAAUGCUGCUCGGUGCCCAGUUUCUCUCUGACACUUUCUCGUCUAUACAACGUGGAGCUGCCGGAGAUCACCAUAUUUAUGCCAAACUGGAAAAGUCCAUGGAGACUGAGACGAACGGCGACAGAAGAUGGAAAACAAUCUUACUUGUUGAUAGUGAGGGAAUCACAGUGCCGUUCGUCCUGUGGAAUGACCAGGUUUCUAUCGCCAAUUUGCUAAGUGACGGAAGCAUGUUGGCCCUUGAACGACCCUUUGUAAACUAUGACACAAUGGAGAUAGGCCUGGAGUCUGGAACAUGCACUCGGAUCUAUUGUGUGCCGCCCUGUCUUCAACUCGAGCAAGAGGUGACAGUGGCGUCUGAUCACGAAACAUGUCUUGGAUCGGAAGUGCUGAUUCCAAGCAACCCACACGGUGCUGUUGAUCUCAACGAUUUCCCGGCUCGUCUUCUGGUAAAGGACUUGAGACCAAAGAUGUUCAACCUUGCAGUUUAUGGUACAGUAGCGUUUGUUGGUCGUCAGAUUUCAUCUGCUAAGUGUAGGCAACCAUUUAUACUGUCUAUUAACGACGACACCGGCAUUAUCGAGAUUGAGCUUCAGUUCAUGCUGGAGAGCUGGUGUUUUGGCCAGGUUUAUUCCGGACAACUUGUGUUUAUAUCGGGCCUUGCUACUUAUGCAGACACUGGUGGAAGGAUGAAAUGUUCUUGGACCGAGAGCACGGAAGGAGCAUCUUUCGUGAACGUUUCCCAUCUCACUGCAGUCAUCUCUUCCCCGUGUCUUCACAGCAUUGUUCCUGUCUCUCGAUGGUCUGGCUAUGGCCAGGUGUGCAGAGUAAGGGUCGAAAGAGUGGAGCUCCAGCUUCAUAAAAUACACGGUGCUUGUGGUCGGCGUGUUACGGAUGAAAGUGGCACUUGGUUUUGUUCUUUCUGUACACGCAGUUGCGAUCAAGCGUCGCUCUCUUUCCACGCAGACGUCUAUCUUUUUGACGUUGGAGAACCAGGCAGGGAAAUUUGUGCUAGAGUCGAUGGUGAGGCUGCGUUCAAUCUUCUUCAAGUUUCUCCUGAGACCUUUCGUACUUGGCCCGAGGAUGAGCAAGUGAUGUACUUACUAAGUUUCGAUGGUGAAGAAUUCUUAGUGUCUUUUUUUCAGAGUCAAGGUAAACUCUGUAUUGGUUGUGCCGUUAAAUAGUUAAGCUAGUUGUUUUUUAUAUUCAAACUUCAAAUUGUGAGUAAAAAUGUUGUUAUCUGUUGAAGUAAAAAAUUUAAUUCUGGUUGUAAGGUUU